UUAGAAGCACCAUGGAUGACGAAUUUGAAGGUACCAGCUCUCAGAUGGUGAUCUUUUCCAAAAACGAUAGGACAGGUGUGGAGGAGAAAGAAGCAAGAGAAUGGGUUCCUAAGUCUGUGAGCUCAUCUGAAGAUGAUGGGACAGAUGACUGGAAACCCACACAGGAUGAAUCUGAAGGCUAUUCAGAAGAGGAGGAAGAACAAGAACGUAAAAGGAUUCCUAAGAUGGCGGCAGCAUCUGAAGAGGAUGGGACACAUGAUAGCAGACCCACACAGGAUGAAUCUAAAGAUGAUUCAAAAGAUGAAGCAGAACAUUUGGGACAAAUGAUUCACAAAGUGGCCAUGGAAAAGAGGGCGUUUGUGAGCAGUGAGUUGCCGCAGAGGACAGAGGAACAGGAACAGGUUGCUGUCGCCUCAAAGACUCGAAGGCAUCACAAUGUCAGAAAUGGACACAAGUGUCCCAUAUGUGGACAUGUAUAUGCUGAUAUUGUUCAGCACCUAAGAGUCACAGAGCAGGUUGUAAAUAAAACUGAGCUGACUCUUUUGAGCCAAUUUUCUCAUCGGCACUUUUCUGCAAAUCUGGACUGUCCAGUCCGUUUAUGUCAGUCAAAACAUCUUAAUCGGCUUGACAAGCACCUGGAAAAGGUCCACAAAUUACAGAAACCUAUGAUUAAACUUUACAUGCAAAAGGCCAAGGACAGACACAUUGCUAAAGAACUGGCACUUCUGAGGGCAUCAAAUCCCACACCGCAAAUGGUCUCACACAUGGAUGAAGUGGAUGAUGCUGUAAUUGAGGAGGGCAUCUUUAGGGCACUGGAGGAAGGGUCAAAGGUUGCUUCUGCUAUAGCCUCUUCCAGCAAGGCUCCCAGUGACCAUGUUACACUGAUCCACUGGCCUGCUCGAGACGAUUCCGUUGACGAUUCCGGUGACUCUGACAGCGAGGCUCCCAGUGACUCUACCAGACCAAACCUACAGCCUCCUCUCUCUGCCAGUGACACUCUCAGUGACCACACCAUCCCAAUUAUGCAGCCUCCUUCUCUCUCCACCAGCAAGAUUACUUGUGAUUCAACAGUGGUAUCCCCUGAUGUGUUAAUCCCAAGCAGUGCACCUUACUAUGUAGCAAAGCAAAAGAGGGGACGUCCUCUCCCGAGGACACCUGCUCCUGGUUGCAAACACUGUCAGAUACUGUUCACUGAGCUACAGGUGGUGAAGCAGUUGCUAGAGUGUGAACUUGAUAGGAAUCAUGAGUUCAAGCAGAUACAUUCUUCAACCAAGUGUGCAAAUGUUAAAUAUAGCAGACGUAAACGGUUUUCAUCCAGCAAAGCCCCUCACUAUGUAAGACUGGUGGAAGAAUUUAGGGCCCAUGCAGAAGGUGUGAACCCUAGCAGAAAAAUACAUGAAAAUGCAAGGCAGCGGGCCACUCAUGUCAUCCAGUUUCUGGAAUUCAUGGCAGACCCAGCAAUUCCAAACACUGACCUUCUGUUUCUGAGGAACCAUGGAAAAGUCCGUGAUUUUCUAGCACACCUGCAAGCAAAAGGGUUUAAACCAACAACUCAGAGAGCUUAUCUCAUGGAUGCUAUUGCUUUCAUGAAAUAUAUAUUAAACAUGUCACCACCACAAGUCAGACUUGGAAAUAAAAGGAUCAACGCCCUUUUGGUCGAACUGAGGGCACGUAACAGAGAUGUUGGCCGUGAAGUAGUCGUGCACCAGCUGAAUGUGCGCCGAUCUAAGUCUAAAAGGCUUGUCAAAGCAGAAAAACAUGCUUUGUUCAUUGAAGAGGCUCCCCAGAAGAUUGCUGCCGCACUGGAUGACCUCGAGAAGCAACCCCAGAACAGAACAAUAUUGAAAUUGUUUUUGGACUGUUGGGUGGAUACCUCAUUGCCAUAA